AUGGAUCCCACACAACUGCUGGCUCUGCUGCUGCUGUGCUCACAUCUACCAAAAGUGCUAUCGGUGCAGAUGUGCGACGUGGUGAACGAGAUCGAGCUGGAGAAGGAGCGCUGUGAAAAUAGCACCUCCGAGAACGUCACCUCAGGUUGCCAAGGCAUGUGGGACAUCAUUGCCUGCUGGCCGUCGGCCAGCGUCGGAGAGGUGGUGACAAUAACCUGCCCCACGUACUUCAGCUACUUCAGUGACCAGCACAAAGGUAACCUCUCCAAAACCUGCACGGCGGACGGCUGGACCGAGAUGCAUCCCAUUGACAUCGCCGUGAACUGUGGCUAUAACCUCAACGGCACCAGCGACGACCAGGGGAAGUUUUUCUGGCAAGUGAAGAUCGGCUACACCAUCGGCCACAGCGUUUCGCUCGUCUCUCUGACCACAGCUAUUGUGAUCCUCUGCGUCUUCAGGAAGCUCCACUGCACGAGGAACUACAUCCAUAUGCAUCUGUUUGUGUCUUUCAUCCUGAAGGCCAUCGCCGUGUUCAUCAAAGACGUGGUUCUGUACGAGGUCGGCGAAGUGGACAACUGCUCUCCUGGCUCGGUUGGCUGUAAAGCAGCGAUCGUCUUCUUCCAGUACUGCAUAAUGGCCAGUUUCUUCUGGCUUCUUGUUGAAGGUCUUUAUCUCCACGCGCUCCUGGCCGUCUCUUUCUUCUCUGAGAGGAAAUACUUCUGGGCGUACAUCCUGAUCGGCUGGGGCGGUCCAACCAUUUUCAUCACAGCUUGGAGCGUGGCGAAGGCGUACUAUGACGACGUGGGGUGCUGGGACAUAAUCGAGACGACUGACGUCUUCUGGUGGAUCAUUAAAACUCCCAUUUUGGCUUCAAUCCUGAUGAACUUUUUUCUCUUCAUUUGCAUCAUUCGGAUACUUCGCCAGAAAAUCAACUGCCCAGAUAUCGGAAGGAACGAGUCCAACCAGUAUUCGAGACUGGCGAAAUCGACGCUGCUCCUGAUUCCUCUGUUCGGAAUCAACUUCAUCGUGUUCGCGUUCAUCCCGGAGCAGGUGAAGACUGAGCUACGACUAGUUUUCGACUUGAUCCUGGGAUCAUUUCAGGGCUUCGUGGUCGCAGUCCUUUACUGCUUUCUCAAUGGGGAGGUCCAAGGAGAGAUCAAAAGGAAGUGGCGGCGGUGGCACUUGCAGCGAUACAUGGGCUCAGACACUAAAUACCAGCACCCGUCUAUUGGCAGCAGCAACAACUUCAGCACUCAGAUCACCAUGCUGACGCGCUGCAGCCCGAAAACCCGCCGGGGUUCGUCCUCCUGCCACGACGAUUUGUCGAGCAUUUGAAUCACGAGUCCUACACGGAAGGCGGUCGUGCCAGAAAUGGGGGAGAAAAAAAAAAAAAAAGAAUGAAAAAAAAAAGAAAAAAGAAAAACGCAGCAUACGUAAGCUUUGACUUAAACCAGACUCACUCGCUCAUUAUCACGUGCGCUCUGGGUGUUUGAGUGUGUGGGAAGGCAGAGUAAAGAGAGGAGAGGCAGGAAGGAUGAAAGGGAACCGUGUGAC